CUUUCACUGCGUCUCAAAAUAUCUCUGCUUAAAUACUCGGGACAACUUUCUUUCACCAAAAGUCUAAACAUUCAAUUCAGCCGCGCACCGUCGCACGCGGAAACCGUUGGUGAAAUUGCACUUUGUGCCACGCGACGACGGUGUCGACGGUGGGAGGCGUUUUUUUAGAUUACUUGGGCAACUCUGCAACCCCUCGCAGCUGGCACCAAGUGGAACCCGGCGUGGCUGACACUCCCGAGACAUUCAGCGGCUGGUGACAUAUCUUGCACAUUCAACAUCGAGUUUGAGUUGCACAACAUGGACGGAAUCUUGGCUUACGUCCUGAGGUCUUUCACGGCGGCCAUCUUUGUGGCCGCCGUGGGAUCGGUGUUAUACUUUAUUAAGCUCCUGAGGAAGCACCGGGGCAAGAUGGCCGAGCUGAGGAAGCAGGGACUGCCAAUCGUCCCCCACAGCUUCCUCUUCGGCAAUCUCCUCGAGGCCAAGAAAGCAUUCGACACCCUCCCGCCGGGCGUCCACGCAAACUACGCCCUCGCCCGCCUGGGCGAGCUCCACGGCAAGAAUGGCGCCUACUACAUCGACACCUGGCCCAUGGCCGACCCGAUGCUCGUCGUCACAGACCCGGACAUGGCCCACCAGACGGUCUACCACCCGGUCGCCGGCUCCCAGAAGCCCCCCAUGCUCGUCGGCUGGUUCCACCCCAUCACCGGCGGGCCGAGCCAGUUCGACACAAACGGCCGGCCGUGGAAGAAUCUCCACGCCCUCUUCAACCCCAGCUUCAGCAACCAGAACAUCACCGCCGCUGUGCCCAUCAUCCUGGGCAAUAUUGCCACUUUCACCGACCGGCUGCGCGCCAGGGUCUCUCUCAACUCCUCCGGGGGCAGCGGCGGUGGUGGUAGUGGCGAGGGCGACAUGUUCAGGCUGGAACCCCUAAUGCUAGAUCUCAUCACCGACGUCAUCGGCGAAGUCCUCCUCAACGUCCGCCUCGAAACCCAGAAACAGCAACACCCCCUCGCUGAGGCAAUGAAGGGCCAGCUCCGCCUCAAAUUCACCUCCCACAAGCCCGAGAACCUCCUAGCCCCCAUCGACCCCUUCCUCCUCUUCCGCACCUGGAACGGGGGGCGCAUCCUCGACAACCACAUCAAGCACCAAAUCAACGCCCGCUUCGCCACCCUUCUGCAGAACAAAGCCCACAACCGCGACAAGUCGGAAAACUUCCAAUCCGUCCUCGACAGCGCCCUCGAGAACUGGCUCGCGCAACCCGGGAACACCGGGCGCGAGGAGCUCGACGCGGCCUACCUCUCCCUCAUGACGCGCAACAUGCGCAUGUUCUUCUUCGCGGGCUACGACUCCUCCGCCGCAACGAUAGUCUACUGCCUGCACAACAUCGCCUCCCGCCCUACCAUCCUAGCCCGCGUCCGCGCAGAACACGACGCCGUCCUCGGCACCGACGUCUCCGCGGCACCCGCCAAAAUCGCGGAAACCCCGGCCCUGCUCAACGCCUUACCCUUCACAAACGCCUGCAUCAAGGAGUCCCUGCGCCUCUUCCCACCCGCGGGCGGCAUCCGCCAGGGCUGCGCGGAUCUAGUCCUGCACGACGCCGAGGGCAACGCCUACCCGACCGACGGCAUCGCCGUCAACAUGCUGCACUGGGCCAUUGGCCGGAACCCGCGGUACUGGGCCCGGCCGGACGAGUUCGUACCCGAGCGAUGGCUCGUGACGGAUCCGAAGGACGAGCUGUACCCGCCCAAGGGCGGCUGGCGGAUCUUCGAGUACGGGCCGCGGUUGUGCGUUGGCCAGCAGCUUGUUAUGACGGAGGCGAGGGCCGUGUUGGCGUGCGUGGUGCGGGAGUUUGAUAUCCGGGAUUGUUAUGGCGAGAUUGACGGCGGUAAAGGGAAGAUUGAUACGAGCGGGUUGGGCGGGCAGAGGGUUUUCAUGGUGGAGGCGGGCGCUGCGCAUCCUACGGAUGGGUAUCCUUGUAGAGUGUCUUUGAACGGGUAUGGGAAGUGA